UGACGUCUUGCAUGAUGAGGUGACAGUCAUCAAUAUUUCUAUAAAUUGUAUGACAGGCAACAGGGAAAGAAACCAAGUAGAAGUUUGUUUACGAAGAAGACCGAGGAGAGAUGAGAGUCCAAGUGGUUCUCCUUUUCAGCAUCAUUGCUGUCAGCUGUGGACUGGCAAAUGGUAACUGGCUGUCAGAUUUCAUUAGAGGCGUUUCGGAAGGAAUGCAAGAUGCAUACAAGAAGGGCAAAAACGAAACGAAGCUGAAAGAAAUCAAAGAGCAUCUUGAAAAACGAAUUGCUGAGCAUCCAAAGUUCAAACACCAUAAGGAAGAUUUGCACAAUGUUAUCAAAAAAGCAGAAAAACACUUAAAGAAGCUCCACAGGAAAUUUGAAAAGCUGUACCAAACUGGUGAUGCAAAAAAAGCCAAAGAUAAGCAGAUGAAAGCAAUCAAAAAAUGGAUGUCAUCUUUGACAAAGAUAAACACAGAUGGGGAAGUUGAGCAUGGUAUUCCAUUCAUCCCAAAAAUCCUUACCCAUAAGGAUCUUUCAAAGGAGCAUAGAGAAAAGAAAGCAGAGCAAAUAUUUAAGAGUUUGGCAAAAAUGUGGGAAGAAAAAGCAAAGGAAACUGCUCAGGGUGAAGAAAAAGCCUCAGUUGAUGUUGACCAAAAGAAAAAGCCUCUUUUUGGAAAGGAUGAGAAGAUUAUCCAGCCUAAAUUUGUCAAUACUGACUUUGAGAAGCUCAAUAUGUUUGGCAAAGAUGCAAAAGAAAUCAUCCCGGAAUUCGUUAAGGAAGAGUUUGAUAAAGAGACAGAAAGAAAAAUGGAGGACAAAGAUGAAUUAAAGAAGCUACAUAAAAUUGAUAUUUUGGGAAAGGAUGAAAAGGACAUUAUGCCAGAUUUUGUGAAAAAGGAAUUUGAAAAUAUGAAGAAAAAGGAAAUGCUUGUUUUGAGGGAAGAACUUCAGAAGGGACCUGUGUUCACCGGAGAAGAAAAAAACGUACAGUUUUUAGGUGAAAGUGACAAAGAAAAGACCGACCAUCUUUUUAAGACUGAAAAGAUGAAAAAAGAGAUCAACAAGGAAUCAGAAGAUUUGGAGAAAACAGUAGAGGAAUUGAUCCCAUUUCUUGGCAAGGAAAAGAAUAAGAAUGUUCCAGAAAACCCCAUAAAGGAGAAAGCUGAGAUUAAAAAGCCUGCAAGUGGGAUGAAGACACCCGAGAAGCACAUGUUAACAACAUUUGUUGAUGGGUUGAAAGUCGUAAAAGUUAAUCCAGCAAAUUCAAAGUCGCUAGAUGAAGUGCGAGGAGAAGAAGAUGAAUCCGAGGUUGAUGAAAAAGAGGAAGAAAUGAUGAGCACAAAGAAACAAUUUGCGAAAGAGGCUAACAAGAGGCUUAAAGAUGCUGAAGACAGAAUCAUAGCUGAAGAAAAAGAGUUUGCAGAAGCUGAGAAGAAAUGGGAAGAAGAAAUAAGGAAGAAGGCAGCAGAAGAAAUUCAAAAGGAGAAAGAAAAAGAAAGCAAAACAACAACAGAAGAAGAGGAAAUUGAGGAAGAUCUUCAUGAGCAAACUGAUACUACUUUUACACCCCCUGACGACGUGCUAACAACGACUGAGCCUUUGGUUCAACAGGAAGCUGAGAAGCCGUUACUUACUUUCGAUUUUGAUGACAAAAAAGAGUAUCCUUCUGACAAACAAGGUAUAGAAAAAGAGCAAAUCUUCCCUUUGCCUAGAAGAGUUCUUGAGCCUGCAAGUAUUUUUGCCACUAACGAAAAUAAAGGCAGUGCCUUUGAAGAGAUGAGUGAGGAUGUCAAGCCAUUUUUUCAGAAGCUAGAUGAUUCCGAUUUCCGUCAAAAAUUUUUGAAUGAAGAGAAACAGUGGAUGGCAAUUGAAAAAUGGGCUGUGAACCGCCUGUAUGGCAAGAAGGGAGAAAAGUUGGUCAAGUGAAAUCGUGACUGAUCGUAAAAAGCUUUUGAUAUAGUGGAGAAGCUCCUAAAGUAUUUUGCACCAAUUUUCUUUAUUUUAUACUUUUUAGCACACUUGCACGAAUUGAUCUAUUAGAUCUUCUAGCUACAUAGACCUAUCCCGCAAAACUGUUGAUGAUAAUUACACCAUAUACAUCCUGCCCCGGUCAUCUUUAUUAGAAGAACGAACUUCAAGUAUCAAGAGCUGAAAUUUCAAAUCAUAGAAAGAGGAGAAAAUCGCUAUCCUAGUUUAUCAUAGAAAAACCUUUUGUUUGUUAUUGAGUAGUAAAUAGCAAUAUACAACUGGUGUCUGAGUUUGUAUCCCAUUGAGCUGUAUCAUUUUUAAGUAUUUAAGUGAAUUUUCAGGAAAUAAUUUUGUACCCAAAGCAUAUUUGUACCUACGUCUUUGUAAGAAGCAGUAAUUUGCCGCACCGUUUUUUAAAGAUCAAUGCCAAACAUAUAUUUCAGUAAUUUAUGGAAGUUGGUUGAUUUUUUUCAUAUUUGAAAGUUACCAGUUUUGAUAAUGCUUUGUAGUUUCUAGUAUUGCAUAUUAAAGGAAAAAGCCCAA